UUAUCACAGCAAAUGUGCUGUUUUGCUUUUCCACUUGGAAAUUAGCAAUCUAUUUUUAUUUGCUGUUUUUGAAAAAAGCGUAUCUUGCGUGCAGUGAAGUUCAAUCUGAAAGCUAUGCAAUUGGAAAACACUUGCUGGAAGUAUCUCAGGGUCGUACUGCGGGCACCGCUUGCACCCUGCCUGUAGCAGAGGGCACACCCAGCACCAAUCCCUCUGGGCCCAACGGAGAGCUUGAAAAUCAGCAUCGGUUGUGUUCUUUGGCACAUUGGAGGCUGAAGGCUGCUCCCAUGUGGAUCAUCAACAUCCGCAGAAUCCAAACUUCGGUUCCAAAUGCAAGCCGAGCCCCUGAAAGAAGUACAGCGCAUACUUAUCUGGGCCUGUGUUGGUCAGGGCUGUUUCAUGGCACAGCAACAUCCACCUUUCAAACAAUGAUCGACAGCAGCACUUCUAGUUGGCAGCUCCCCCUGAAAACUUCCAGCCCCGUCCAACAUCGUGUUGGCAGCAGCGCCCAACGCCCCACGGCUCAGAUGUCGGUCUCUAACAGCCAGAACACCUCCUCCUCGUGUGAAGUUGGAUCUCCUCUUGAUCUAAAAUCGCAGCGAUUGGUCACGGUGCAAGUGGAAGCCCCAGGGAAACGCGGCACUGCAACAGCCUGCUCUGGUUUCCCGAGCUGAGGUGGAAGGACUGCAAGUCACCGUGCCUGAGAAGAAGAAGGUGGCCAUGUUGUUUCAGCCUGCUCUGCUUCGCUGCCAUUUCUCUACUUCUUCCACCCAACCAGCUGUGGUACAGUGGAGGUAUAAAUCUUACUGCCAGGACCGGAUGGGAGAAGCACUGGGUAUGGUUACUUCUGGUUUACAAACAAUGAGCAAGAGGAACCUGGACUGGGAUCCCUACCUGGACUGUGUGGACAGCAGAAGGACGGUCCGUGUCGUGGCCUCCAAGCAAGGAUCUGCCGUCACUAUAGGGGACUUCUAUAAGGAAAGAGACGUCAGCAUUGUCCAUGAUGCGGACCUUCAGAUUGGGAAGCUGAUGUGGGGAGACAGUGGGCUCUAUUACUGCCUUAUUAUCACACCAGAUGAUGUGGAGGGCAAGAAUGAAGAAUCAGUGGAGCUGCUUGUACUUGGCAGGACAGGGCUGCUUGCUGAUCUCUUGCCCAGUUUUGCUGUGGAGAUUAUGCCAGAGUGGGUCUUUGUGGGCCUGGUGAUCCUGGGCGCGUUCCUGUUCUUCCUCCUGGUGGGGAUCUGCUGGUGCCAGUGCUGCCCGCACAGCUGCUGCUGUUACGUCCGCUGCCCCUGCUGCCCUGAGUCCUGCUGCUGUCCCCGGGCGCUUUAUGUUGCAGGCAAGGCAGCAAAAGCAGGGUACCCUCCUGCAGUCUCCUCCAUCCCAGGCCCAUACUACAUCCCCAGUGUUCCUGUAGCUGGUGUCCCGUCUCCUGCUGUGCUGAUGGAUAAGUCACACCCACCUCCCUUGGCCCCAAGUGACACCGGCGGAGGAAACCAAAAUGCAGUGCGCAAAGGGUACAGGAUCCAGACUGACAAGGAAAGGGACUCCAUGAAGGUGCUGUACUAUGUGGAGAAAGAACUGGCUCAGUUUGACCCAGCGAGGAGGAUGCGAGAGCGAUAUAACAACACUGUCUCUGAGCUCAGCUCUUUGCAUGAGGAUGACUUGAACUUCAGGCAGCCCUACCGCCAGGCGCGGAGGAAACCUCUGCCUCCUGCAGAAGACCUGGAUGGUGAUGCUGAGUACUGGGCAGGAGUCAUCGGUGGGGGCAGCACAUCAAGAUCACAGGCAAUCUCUGAUUACAGAGAUGAGAGGGACAGUUUCCGGCACAGCCAGCAGAGAUCCAAGUCCGAGAUGUUGUCACGCAAGAGUUUCUCUGUGGGAGUUCCAGCCGUCUCUAUGGAUGAGCUGGCAGCCUUUGCAGAGUCCUACAGCCAGCGGGCCCGGCGGGCAGACAGCCAGGAGACUCGGCGUUUUGAGCGGUCGGAGUCACGCAGUGGCUGUGGUGGAGGGCUGACCCACCAGGAUAGCUCCAUGGAGGAGUAUUACACCAAGCGCAGCAGAGGGAACCGAGAGCCACUGACAGACUCGGACCGGGGCUGGUCAUACAGCCCGCCCCGGAGACGGGCCCAUGAGGAGAAGCACCUGCCCAGGCUGGUGAGCCGGACACCCGGAGGGAGUCAGAAGUAUGAUCACUCCUACCUCAGCAGCGUCUUGGAGAGAAAGUCCCGGAGCUAUGAUGAAAGCGGUGACCAUUGUGAAACCCCCUCAAAGCUGAGCUCACAGCCCAGCCAGAGAGGAGGGGGAACGUAUUAUGCCUGGUCACCCCCUUCUACCUACAAAUCCGAUACGUCUCAGCAGCAGCAGACACCACCACCUGAGCAGGAGGAAGGGGAGGACACCCUGCCCCCCUACAGUGAGAGGGAGCUGAGCCGAGGCCCUUCGUACCGGGCCAGGGAGCAGGCCUACCUCAACGCCUCUGACAAGAAGAGGAAAAAGGAUCCCAAGAAAACAAACGAUUUCCCAACAAGAAUGUCCCUUGUGGUUUGAAGUCACUGUGGACAUGUCAUGCCAGUGGGCUGGAUACCAUGAUUUGGCCGCAGUGGAAAAGAUACAGAGCAACAAGCAAACCGGGCCCCUGUGAACCUUUGCAGCCACUGGCCGGGGACUCUUUGUUCAAAAAUUGUUUGUUUCACUGGGGCGGCAGACUCCCAUAAACAGCACCCGAUCUCAGAGGCUCUGGGAGUCUGCCAGGAAAAUGAGGCCAAGGCUCUCUUCGGCACCCUCCAUUCUGCACUGGAAGGCAGCCACGUCCUUACAACCCCUGGAGCCCUGAACUAGGAGCAAGGCUGCCUUGUGCCUCUUUCCCUAUGUCACGUGCAGAAAGAGGCCUGUGCGCAUACCUCAUGCUCCCUCAAUCUCCUCUGUUCACUGGAUCAAAAAUGUCUCUAUGCUUAGAGUCUAUUCUUUACCAUCCCCACACUGGGAGGAGGCCUUGUUCUUACAGCUGCAGACUGCCUCCAAGGCUCUAAAUUAUGAAAGAAAAUCUACAUCCUUUCAGACACCACAGAGCAGGACUGAUGAGGUGUUUCUUUGCAAGGGCUGAACAGAGAGAGAGAGACAAGUAUGGGCUGGUUUGUUCAAUAUAUUUAGUUAUGUUCAUUGUGUGAUGAGAGUUGCAAGUGAGAUUGAUGUAUUGUUUUGAAAGUGGAUCAAAGUAGCUUUUCUUGUGAUGAGAGCAUGAUGUGUUUUUCCCCCCAUCCCCAACUGUGAUUUGUUUUGAUAAAGUUGCAUUUUCUUGCAGCUGAGCUAUGACCCUUUAGAGCUUCAAGCUAGAAUAUCUACUCCACCAUAUCAUAAGCAGUGCUCUACCUUUUCUGCUGUUCUGCUCCCAGCGCCUCCAGACCUAGUGGCCUUUUUGUUUUAAAGAAGCGAAAGGGAAAAAGACGCAGUGAGAAGGCUGCAGAUCUUUGUUCUGUGAUAUUGGAAUUGCUCCUUUCUGGUCACUGUUCCCAGGCAUUGAACAAAGCGGUGACAGCAAUGGAAAAAAGAAUUAACACUGGGUGAACACAAACCUUGAAAGUCACCUUUUUCAAUUACAGUCGUUUCUUUCACUACAGUUGUGACAUGAUUUUAGUGGCUGUUGUCUCAGGAACAGCUGAAUUUAGAAGUGAAUGCAUCACGCCAUCUGGAAGCCAACAUUCUGGUUUUUGUAGGGUAAAAUGCAGUCAUUUAUUUUUUAGCUGCUAAAAUUACAAUAUGAGGAAAGAUUGUGGGAAUAAUUCAGGGUCUGGUAUCUUGAUCACAGUCAAGCCUGGAAACAAGAUAGCACCCUGUUUUGUUAUGGACAUUGUCAGCCUCUGAAUUGUCAUGUCAUAAGUCUGGGCAUUUGGUCAUUACCUGGCCUCAAAUUUAUGAGGUGCUCACUCUAGCAAUAUAUUUUUGAACACUGGAUCGAUUAACAUCACUGCAAUUCUCCAUAAAAAUUGCAGAUUCAUUUCUGUACAACUCCUUUGCCAUAUUAGCUCACCAGGAGUGGUCAUGGGAGAGGAAGAGCAAUCUCCACAGACUUGAUGCUGCUGUUUUUUGUGCUAGAAGAUGAAUGAUGCAAGGAUGGCUUUCUUUUUCAUACUUUUCUUCCUGGCUGAAGAAAGAUUGGCCUGCAGGAACGUAUUAUACCUGGAUCUGCCUUGCAGUAUGGCUUGAGAAACUAAAUUUUAAGUAAAUCUUGAUUUUUUCUCAGCAUUAAUGUAUGUUCCUAGGAAAAUCACAGUGUAGUUAACAGAAGGCUGGCAGGUGGUUUCCAUCUGAGAUCUCCAAGGCCUUGAGAGGUCUACAGCAUUACUCCACAUGCCAUUUGAAAUUAAACAUUUCACCCCUGACAUGAUAACACUGUCAAACAAAAAAUCUUAAUGUUUUGUUGGCCUGAAAACCUUGGGAAGCCCUGUGCCAUGGAUUUUAGGGAACUUUUAACCUGCUGUCUUUUCCAUCAGACAUCCAGCAGAUCCAGGAAGCAUUUCAUAUGGAGAUUUGAAUGUGCAUCUGCACAGCGAUUGUGUCAGAAAAGGGCCCAGUAGCAACAUGUCUGUAUUGACACCAAAUGGAUCAUCAGAAAAGUGAGGGGUGAUGUAGAGUAGGGCUUCCAUCUCCACAACCCUAAUGACCCGUGAGUCUUGGAUAAGCAACACAGAGGAGCAGGAAGACAGAAGCUGAUAGGAGUCACUUCUUUCAGAAAAGAGGAAUGGUAGCUUUGUGCCUGUACCAACUUUCAGAGCACCUGCAGGAUGCUGGCACUGGAAAAUAAUGAGCCUUAUUGUUGCACUUAAUCUGACAGUGAUGGGAUCUCAAAUUAUAAAUUUUCCAGUGAUCAAUUUUUAUUGCUGGUAUAAAGUUUAAAUCCUUUUCACACAGGAUAUGGGUGUCUGAGUCAUGUUGAGGAUGCAGAUGGUUUUGUGGCCUUAAAAUGAAGCAUCACAACAGUGACUAGCUAAGAAAACAACCAAGAUGAUGGGUGAAUCCUGUAAAAAAUUAUAAGCCCUUAGAACUACAGCAGGAUCAAGUAUCAGUGGCAAAUCUGUCUGUGCUGUCAAUAGUGUUAUCUAGGCUUCUGAAAAAAGUCUUGACAUAAUGGGAAAAAUAAAUACCAAUGGUAAUGACACCUCAGUAAUCCCAUUAUGCCUUUAAAGUAUAUUGUAAAAUUUCCAUGGGGUGGGUUUAGUGUGAAUAUCCUCAGACCACUUAUGCUGAAAUCGAAAAUUAACAAAGCCCGUACGUCGAAUACUUAAAAACUUGGAGAAACUCCCACCUGAGACAGACAGCAUUUAUUAUGUGUUGUCAUAGAAUCAUAGAAUCCUGGAAUGGUUAAGGGUGGAAGAGACCUUAAAGAUCAUCCUGCUCCAACUCCCCCACCAUGGGCAGGAAACCUUCCACCAGCGCAGGCUGCCCAGGACCCCAUCCUACCUGGCCUUGAACACCUCCAAGGAUGGGGCAUCCACUGCUUCCCUGGGCAGCCCGUGCCUGUGCCUUGCCACUCUGAGUGAAGAAUUUCCUCCUAACAUCUAAUCUAAAUCUCCCCUCUUUUAGUAUAAAACCAUUCCCUCUUGUUCUGUUACUAUCAUACCAUGUAAAAAAAUCUCCAGUCUCCAUCUUUUUUAUAAGCCCCCUUUAAGUUCUGAAAGACAACCAUGAGGUCUCCCUGGAGCCUUCUUCAGACUGAACCAGCUCCCUCAGCCUUUCAUCAUAAGAGAGGUGCUCCAGUCCUCUGGUCAUCUUUUGGCCUCCUCUGUACCUGCUCCAACAGCUCCGCAUCCUUCUUAUUCUGGGGGCCCCGGGCUUGGAUGUAGUACUCCAGAUGGGGCCUCAGAAGGGCAGACUAGAAGGGGACAAUCCCCUCCCUCACCCUACUGGCCACCUCUCCUUUGGUGCGGCCUAGGAAAUGGCCUUCUGGGCCACAGGCGCACACUGCUGGCUCAUGUCAAGCUUUUUGUCCACCAGGACCUCCAAGUCCUUGGCAGGGCUCCUCUCCCAGUAUGUACACAUCUGGGAUUGUCCCAGCCCAGGUGCAGCACCUUGCGCUUGGCCUUGCUAAACCUCAUUAGGUUCAUGUGGGCCUACUAUUCAAGCCUGUCAUCUGGAUGACAUCCCUUCCUUAUGCUACGUGAACUGCACCACUCACCUCAGUGUCAACUUUCUGAGGGUACACUUGAUCCCGUCAUCUGUGUCACUGUUAAAAAUGUUGAAGAGCACUGCUCCCAGGAUGGACUCCUGGGGAAAACCAUGCGUGACUGGCCUCUACCUGGUCAUAAAGCUGCUGACUACAACCCUCCAACCAAUUCCUUAUCCACCGAACAGUCCAGCCUUCAAAUCCGUAUCUCUCUAAUUCAGGGGUAAGGAUGUGGUGUGAGACCAUGUCAAAGUCCAGAUAAAUGACAUCAGUUUCCCUUCAUUGUCUACCAAGCCAUCACUCCAUCAUAGAAGGCCACCAGAUUGGUCAGGUACGAUCUGCCCUUGGUGAAGCUGUGCUGGAUGUCUCAGAUCACCUCCACAUCUCUCAUGUGCCUUAAAAUAUCUUCUGGAAGGAUCUGUUCCAUGAUCUUCCCAGGCACAGAGGUGAGGCUCAUGGGUCUGUAGUUGCCCAGGACUUCCUUUCUCCCUUUAUUAAGAGUGGGAGUGAUGUUUCCCUUUUUUUUCUAGCUUGUCCAGUCCCCUUUGGAUGGCAUCCCUUCCACCUGUCAUAACAACUGCACCACUCAGUUUGGUGUUGUCUGCAUAGUUGCUGAUUGUGGACUUGUUCCCACUGUCUGUCUUUGAUAAAGAUGCUGAAGAGCACUGGUCCCAAGAGAGACUCUUGGGAGACACCACUCAUCACUGGCCUCCAGCUGGACAUUGAGCCAUUGACUGUAACUCUCUGGCUGUGGCCAUCAAACCAAAUCCUUAUGCACUUAAAAUAGGGAAGAAAUGGAAACUUUAAAUAUUGUAGCCCUUUUUAUUAAGUCAGAGAUGGCUACCAGCAACGUGCUGCAGGCCCACCUUUCCUGUGCAGCCAGCACUGCCAGUCAUGUGUGCUGAGCUUCUCUGGAAAGUUCCAGCUACUGCUCUUGCAUGGAUCCCUCAGCAACACACCGAAUCAUGGUUUUAACUGGUUUGUGACUGAGGACACCUGCUGACCAUGGAUCUGCAGUUAAACUGCUUUCUUGACCUUUUUCUCCAACAAGCCUGCUCUGAGUGGGUAAUAUUAGUUCACCCGCAACAGAAAUAGACCAAGAGUUUGGCAGCCAAUGAAAGACUUGUACAUACAAACCCCUUUGAAGGCUGGCCUGAAACUGGCCAGAGAAAUCUGUGGGAGGGAGUAGCAAAGAAAAUAUCAGGAUCAGGCACCUUAAGACGGAAUUGAUCUUUUACAAGGAAAAUUCACUCUCUGAGAAAGUUUUUCAAGGAGUUUUAAGAGAGUUAGCACAUGGAUGCCACUGCUGGUGUGUGACCAGCCUUCUCCAGUAACUGAGUAGUCUGGCAUUGUGCAGAAGAGCUUUUCUCAGCCCCGGUUGCCUGCCUGUUCCCACAGUCUUAGAUCAUCCUGAGUACAAUAACUGCUGAUGUUUCUUUUGACCGAUGGUCCCUUCCAAAGCUGCUUCUCUGAAGAAAUGCAGGCCAGUCACUGGCCUGUACAAAUACGGAUCCCUGAGCAGGGGCAAUCACAAAACAUUUUACAAGUCAAACACAGCCACAGACUUUUAUAGGUACAUCAAUACAAUGUUUAUCAUGCCUGGACUAUUCCAAAAAUAAAAUACAAUGUCGUUGAGACUGUUCCACUGAGAAAAUGCCCAGCGCUAUCUUUUUUCCUCUGGGGACCUUUCACGUAAAGCUAUGGGUGAUGUUCUGUUCUGUGUCACUAAGAAGUACGGGUUUGGGACACGCAGAAAUGAAAGCUGAAGUGGCUUUACCUCAUUCCUUAACUGGGUCUGGCAGCAAACAGACCUUUGACAUAAGCCAGGUGCUGCAGAACUGACCCUGACUCCUGGAAGCAAUGUGGGGCGGCACCUCCAUCUGGCUAUAAUGGCACGUGUGCUUGGUGCAGCAGCUGAGCUGCUGAACAUGCCAUCAUCUUCAUGUGGGGCUCCUGAAGCCCCUGUCCUGUUACCUGGGAGGUCAGAGAAGGGAUCUGUACACGACAUGAUGGGUCAGCUAUCGUUCUUGAUACCAUCUCAAAAAUGCCAGCUGAAUUAUCAGCGUCAGAAACAGAACAAUCUUAAUAACAUUAGGAAUAAAUGGGAGGAAUCUGCCAUGAUUCCCAUGCCAAUUCUCUUAUGACCUUUAUAACUGCUUCUGGACAUUCACCCCCACUUGUGCCAGGACCUUUGCCGGGAGAGACCUUCACCCUCUCUCUCCAUCUGCCCUUUGCUCUGUGCCAUGUGUGUUCCCUCUCUGACCGCUCUGCCUGCUGGGCUAUUUGUAGCUAAUCUUCAGCCCGGGGGCUUCAGUCAGUUCGGCUGUGGAAUGAGUUGCAUUUUGUUAAAAAAAAAAAAAAAGUUACCCGCUGUAAAACCAGAAAUUACAGGAAACACAAAACAAAACCCCAAGCCUUCCAUCUAUUCUCAAACAUAAGCAGAGAUAUUACUGGAAACAUUUUAAAAAUUCAAGCUGAAGACAAUUUCAAAACAAGUGGGUAUUGUUUCCAGUCCCCAGGCAGCUGCAGUAAGAGCUCUGAAGAGCAAACAACAAAAGCAAACUCAUUCAGGUUUCUUUGUCCUUGGUGAGAGCAGCGGCAGGGGGAAGGAAGCAGUGCUUCAUCACUCCGAGAGAGCAAAUGCGGCUCCGAGAUGAUGUAUUACAUCUGAGUUUAAAAGAAUGAAUUAAAAGCUGUCAGGCUGAUUUUAAAAGCAAAACUCAGGUCAAGGAAAUGGCACGGUUUUCAUGUCCAGUGCCUCUUGGUGGAUUUCUUCCACACCUGCUCACUUAUCUUUAUUCCUGCAAAGCCUUUACUUGUGCCCUGAGAGCCACGUGCCCUCUGUGGAUGAACACCAGAUGAAUGUGGAGGCGAUGGGGGGCUCCUGUGCAUCCGUGUCACACCAAGCCCGCAGAGCACCAGCACUGCCCCAUCACACAUCCCACACAUCUGGUGGCUGCCAGGUGCCCGCUUUUCACAGACCCUGUUGAAAAUCGCAGCCAUGGUUAUGGUCCUCUUGCUGUUUGUCACAGAGCUGUUGGUUGUAUUUUUUUUUCUUUUGUUGCAGUUGCUCGUCUGCAGCAGUUUUGUUUCCCCCAUUACGCAGUGAGGGAACGGCUUUCUUUGCUGUGCUCAGCUUUUGCUAUUUUACUUAAAUUCCCCAUCUCGUCUGUAACAAAGUUAUUUCCAUAAUGGGAGGCCAGAGAGAGUGUCAGAAAGGCACACUGCUCUGUACAGUGACAAUACAAACACUUUGACAGCUUUCUGGGACACAUCCUUACCACCGGUUACCAGGCAUUAUACAUUCACCAUGCUUGCAGUUUCCAAUUUGUUGCUUUUGAGUUGUCACCAUGGAGAAUAAAAGCAGGAAAAGCUA